GCGGAUAUUGAUCAUGCUAAAAAAGUGUCGCUAACAAAUAUUUUUGAGACGAUAAAAUGAAACUUACUAGGCCACAAAGUUAUCGUGUAUUUUUAGUUGGAGGAAAGAAACAAUUGUGUUUCGGUAACUUUUCAACUAGCUUCCACAGUUGUUUUUAACUAAAACUUCCGCCGCUCGUGUGGCUUCCAUCCAAAAACUCUUCGUCACGUUCCCUUUGUCUCGGUAUAUUGAGCAAUCUGAUUGGCUAUUUUUACAGAUUCUCUUUUUUCAGUGGAUGAUACACGUCACGUGACACGUGAGCUAACUAAGUCUGUGCAAUAUGGCGGGUGGAAUUUAACUGAGUACAAGAUAGUGAGAAACUCGCGGACAAACAACGAAUUUUAGGGAUUUACUGCAACUUUAAGGCUGGAGUCCAUUAGUUUUCCUUGCGUUAUGGAUGAUUCAGAGUAUGAAAGCCUACCAACGGAAAAGGUGACGGUACAUCUUGCAGCGGGCGCUAUGGCAGGAGUUAUGGAACAUUGUGUAAUGUACCCCGUGGACUGCGUGAAGGUACGAUUGAUCUACGUGUUGAGAAUUCUAAAAAUCAAACAUAAUCAAAUUGAACAAUUCACAUGGGUAAAACAUGGGUUUUCUCUUCAAUGAGCGCGGGAAACGUAUCGGCUGUCUAUCUUAAAACACGUAGGCUGGUCUCGAUCAGUACUCGUGGCCUUGUGAAAUUCAACAUUAGGUCACAUUGGGUGGGUGGAAUGUUUUCGCCAAUUUUAGUUUUACAUCUGUAAAUCGUAGGCAUAGCUUAUAACACAUAGUUCACUUUUAAUGUUCGGCAAGAAAUCUAGAACUUUCAUUUUUUGACACCGUCACUGUGGAUGAUAUUGGGUCAUUAGUUUAAGUUUUAACCAGAAAUACUCCCGCAGAUAAUUAAAGGCUUUACAAUUAUCGAUUACGUCGUUUAGAUCGUCGUCAGCUCAAAAAGUUGUUCUUAGAGGUCGAAUUUGUAAAACGUUUUAUUUACAUCUUCUGGGGUUGAAAUCUCCCUCAAUAAACAAGUUAGCCAGCUUCGGGAAAUGCCUGUCGUUGCUGGCCAGAUUGCAGGGGAAAUGUUUGCUCUGUAAGGAUAGCAUUGAUACUGCAACAUUGGACUUAACACGCAUUCAAAGAAGUGGGAAUUAAAAGAGCAUUACACUUUUGUCAUGAUAUAGCACACCUUUAAAUAAUUCAGUUCAUACAGAAGCAUGUCUAUUUGUAUUGCAGAUAACUGCAUGUGCUAACAAAUUAAUCACGAUAACAAAAUAGUAGAGUCUAUGUUCCGAUGCAUUUAAGUGUGUUUUGGGUGGGACUCAAAGUCAUUUUAGUUGGAGCUGAUAGGCAAGGGUUGUAACUACUCUGACAAGAGCUCAAAAUAUAUUUAUGCUGGGGAACAUAAACUGUAUUGCAUUUAUUGUCACUUGUGAGGGUGCCAAGAAAUAAAAGCUGAAAAAAAUAUCAACAAAACAGUCUGAACAAGUACCUUGUAUUCAAACUUCUUGUUUAUUUUGGAAGUUGGAUGAAAAAAAAAAGUUUGAAAUUUGCAUCAGUGGGAAGUUUUGACCAUCAUGUAAGAGUUGUAGAAAACUGCAAAAAGUUAAAGCAGUGUUUGUGCUGUUUUGAGUCUGGAUUAUGUAAAAUCAUAUUUUUCACUCAGGUUUUGCUCUUUUUUUUUUUAUUUAUUUAUUUAUUUUUAUAAGAGGAAUGAAACUAAUUCAUAUGGACGGCUUUAUAUGGUCAAGUACUCAAAAUUUAGCAGUGGAAAAAACUGAUAUGCCUCCUUUUUAAUUACAGACAAGGAUGCAGAGUUUGCGUCCACAUCCAAAUGCCAUUUAUAAAAACAUUGGGGAUGCUCUUACAACUAUGGUUAAAAGGGAAGGACUUUUUACCCCACUCAGGGGAAUGAAUGUGGUGGCAAUAGGAGCUGGCCCUGCACAUGCUCUGUAUUUCAGCACUUACGAGGCCACUAAGAAGUUUCUGAACGGGAACCAAGACACUUACAAUCCCUUUUCACAUGGUAGGUAUCUUUGUAGGCAUCUGAGAAUGUUAAUGAUACACCUAUCAGAGCUGAAGAAAAUGUAAACCUAGUGAAAGUGAAGAGAAGGCAAGAGAUAACAAUGUUUCCUCUGUAUUACUGGAAGAAAAUUGUAUAUUCUGCAAGUUGAUUCUUAAAAAGUUAAUCCCCUUGUCUAUUUUUUGAUGGUUGUGAUUAGUUAUUUGGUAUAUUUUCAGCUUUUCAAAAGAAAACAAAGGCAGUAUUUUCAUUUUUUUGUUGGAGAUUUGGAGAGCUUGAAAGACCACUUUCACAUAAUUUGGCAACAAAAAUAUUUUUGAUCCAGCUUGUCUAAUAUAUUUGAAGAAUUUCCCUUUCUUGAUUAUUUUGCUCAUGGAUUCAAAGUGAGGCAGUCCAAAAGGGAAACAUUUACUUCACAUAACUUAUUCAGGUGCUGGCUAGUAGUUAGCGUUAGGUAUUUUGGAGAACAGUUGUUCCUUUUCUUAAGUUGCAGCAACACCAGAUGAUAUCUGAGAAGACAUUCCAGAUAUGGUUUGCUAACAUGUAGUUAAGCAUGUUCAUAAAUUUAUGCAUAACUUCCUAAUCUGUAGCUUUUAUUGUUUCUUUUUCUUGGGUAGAUUUUUACCUUUUUCUUGUCAUUUGCUUAGUAGAGGGAGAUGUUACUGCUUGGUUAUUGGAAAAUUUUGGUCAUUACUGCAUUAUAUGUACUCUCUCAGUUCUAUAGCAAAAUGCAUGCUCAUCAUUUGGCCUUGAACUUAACUGAUAAAAUAAUGUGGCUACAAAAGAAGAAUUUCUCUCUUUGUUUUUCUUUCUAUUUUAUUUUUCAUUGUUUCGAACUUUGAAAUUCUUGUUACCUCAAAUGAUUGUGGAUUGAAAUUGUUUUUGGAAAAAAAAAAAUUGUCAAGCAAACUUGAAAUAUCUUAUGUUAAAGAAAGAUCAUCUGUCAGCAGACAUUAACUGGCUUUUAAUAUAUUUUCCUCAUAGGUCUGGCUGGUAUUUGUGCAACAGUAUUUCAUGAUGGUGCCAUGAAUCCUAUAGAAGGUGUAUCUAGACAGUGUUUCUUCUAAUUCAUCACUAGUUUUAUCCCUCACCACCUUUUAAUACCCAUGCAACAUAAAGUCACUGAAAAUAGCUUGAAGUAAUCUGUAAUCAUUUUAUUUAAUGUUACUCAAGAAGAUAGCUAUAUUUGAAUGGUGAUGACUCCAGUCAACAGGUCUCCAAUUCUAUUUUAAGGUGAAGCCAGUUCGCCAUCCAGUUGGUGAUGUGGCACUCUCUUUGAUAACUAUUAUUUAGCUCGGGAAGAUUCUGGACAGCCAUUCUGCUGCUGGGCAGAUUACACACGUAAUCAUACAGUUAACUAUUGGCCCUCCAUUAUUUAGCAUUUGUUUGUACAUACACAAUACUAUCUUAAGUGUUGCCAUACAGUACAUAGAUACUAACACUGUAUUUCUCUUUGUUUGUGGUGUCAAAUCAGUGAUCAAGCAAAGAAUGCAGAUGUAUGGGAGUCCAUAUCAUAAUGUUCUUCAUUGCAUAAGGACUGUAUUUCGUGAGGAAGGAUUCAGAGCCUUCUAUCGCAGUUACACAACUCAGCUUUCAAUGAAUAUACCUUUCCAAACUUUACACUUUACUGUGUAUGAAUAUGCGCGAGAGACACUAAACCCUUCGCGUGGUUACGACCCAAAGACUCAUGUGAUAGCAGGGGCAACUGCGGGAGCUGUUGCAGCUGCCAUAACCACACCACUGGAUGUAGCAAAGACAUUACUUAACACCCAGGAGAGGGAAGCUGUUUGCUUAGUUAGUAAACAAGAAGGACAUGUUUACUUAAAUGGAAUGGUUACGGCUUUCCGCUCUAUUUACAGACUUCGUGGCUUCUCUGGUUAUUUCCAAGGAGUUCAAGCUAGAGUGCUUUAUCAAAUGCCAUCAUGUGCUAUUUGCUGGUCAGUUUACGAGUUUUUCAAACAUUUCUUGCACCUGACUGAGAAAGAGACUACUGAUUAUGAACUCACUGUGGCUUAAAAGAAUGGGCAUGGAGAAAUCACAACAGCAGAUUCUUUUAUCUGCAGAUAUGAAAAGGUAGUUAUCAGUAAUCACAUAGAGUCUUCCAUGGAAUGCCUUAAUCAACUUAUUAAUGAAGAUGGAUUUCUUGGCUGCAGCUGGUUAGCCAGUUUUCAUAUAUGUUAAGGAGACUACAGCAUUAUUGAAAGUUUUAAACCACCUUGGAAGGAAUAAGGAGUGCUUGGAUUCAGUGGUUCCUUGUAUUGCUGUGGCUUUUUAAUGUAGUUGAAAGUCAAACUCAAGAUAGAAGGAAGGAAUUUUGUCUAAAUGAUGAUGUGCCAGUUCCUUCAUUCUAUUGUCUUGUUGUAGGUUUAAAAUGUAGAUGAGAAAGUUAAGGAGAGGAAUGUCGGCUUCAGUGUUAUUAUGCCACUUCCUGCCUCACUGGACAGUUCUACAUAAUUUGGAAGCAGUGUAGUUUUACUGCUGAUGGUAGUGUUUGAGGUGUUUAUGGAAGAUCAUGUGAUGCAUUUUAAAACUCUUAACAGUGCCUUUAGGGUAUGGAAUGAAGUAGUUUAUUAAGAGUAUAAAACCGAAAAAGGAAGUUAACCAUGCACCAGUAGAUUAAUUCAAAUUGUUGAUACAUUAGGGAGCUGCAAAUCUUAUGCCAAUGUUUAUUUUUACAUGGAAAGUAUAUCCAUGUGUUUGCCAUGACAAGGCAAAUAUGAUGAUAGUAAGACAGUGUUAUAAUGUUUGAAUUUUGGGGUGGCUGCUCUUCAAAGAAGAAUUUGCAGUUUCAGUUUUCAGCCAUUUCUUGUUGUUAGAGGGGCACAGAGCUUGUUGCAGUUAAGUAAGAUAGGACUACAGACUUUCUCUGCAGGGUUUUGUGACCUCUUCUAGGCAGCAAGAGCUUCUACCAGUCUUGCCAUUUCACUGGUAUGAGGUAUCUUAAUCAUUUAUAUUAUGGCAUGGAAACAAAUCUUGAAAGGGCUGUGUACGUUUAUACAUAUAUGAGCAGAAGUCAAACUCAGUCUCACAGUGUUUGCCAGUUUCACUCUGAAAAGAUGUAGUUAAAUAUAAAGAUUUGUACUGUGA